AGAAUCCACAAAGGGCAUUUGCUCUCUCCUGUACCGGCCACGAUCGAGCUCCCCCUUCGUUCUCACUCGCUCAGAUCCCACACAACAGGCGACGUACCAAAACCCUAACCCUCCACCCAAAACCCUAAAAGCGAACCUCCGAUCGAUCCCAAUAAAGGGUUUUUUUUGUCUUUUGAUGCGAGAGCAUGGGGUUCGUGGAUCCGAUGUCUCCGCUUCUCGCCACCUGCGGCGGCGACACCGUGAAGCUGUUUGAUGUUACGGUGGACUCGGGCGAUCCGUGCGUGCUCAGCUACUCCCCAUCCCCUGGAUCCCAAGUGAACUCGGUGAAGUGGAAUCAUACAAAUUUGGUAGUUGCAAGUGCUGGAGAUGAUAAGAAGAUUUCUCUCUGGCAUAAAAAAGGUCAAAAUAUGGGAGUGGUACCUCUUGCAGGUUCCGAUCUUGGAGAUGACAUAGAGGAGUCUAUAGUUGCUGUCAGCUUUAGCAAUAAGGGUUCCAGGUACCUUUGCUCAGGUGGAAGUGGCCAUAUCGUUAGGAUAUGGGAUUUACAGAGGAAACGCUGCAUCAAAUGGCUUAGUGGUCACACUGAUACAAUUACUGGUGUUAUGUAUAAUUGUAAGGAUGAGCAUUUAGCAUCUAUCAGUGUAAAAGGUGAUCUUAUUCUUCACAACCUUGCUUCUGGAGCACGUGCUGCUGAACUCAAAGAUCCAAACGGGCAGGUUUUAAGAGUGCUUGAUUAUUCUCGACUUAGCCGGCACGUUUUGGUGACAGCAGGUGAUGAUGGUUCUAUACAUCUCUGGGAUACAACUGCUAGGGCUCCGAAGGUUUCCUGGCUGAAGCAGCAUUCUGCACCUACAACUGGUGUUUGCUUCUCACCCUCCAGUGACAAGAUAAUUGCUAGUGUUGGCCUUGACAAAAAGUUGUAUAUGUUUGAUUCCGGGACGAGAAGGUCCACACAUUGCAUUCCUUAUGAGGCACCUUUCUCAUCAUUAGUUUAUAAUGAUGAUGGCAAUAUACUUACUGCUGGAACAAAUAGUGGGCGUGUGGUAUUCUAUGAUGUUCGUGGGAAGCCUCAACCUUUAACUGUUCUUCGUGCAUAUAGUAGCUCAGAGGCUGUUGCAAGCUUAUGUUGGCAAAGGUCGAAGCCCGUCAUUGUAAACGAGAACAAUUGUACUGCUGAAGUUGCUCUUCUUGGAGGCACCAGCGAAGAAUCAGUUCUAAUGCCAGACCCAUUACCUUCUUUAUCAUCCUCAAGCUUGUCAUCUGCAACAACAGUAUCUAGUUUCCGCUCCUCUUUAACAGCAAGCACGAGCGGCGCAUCGGUAUCAAACACUUCGAAUUUUUCUACUGUUGAAGAAACUCCACAUAGAAGCCGUUUACUCACUGGAGGAAAUUUAUCGAGGCUGCAAGCGCCUCGGGGUUGUUAUAAUUUAAAGGAUGAUAUGGAUGUUUUUUCUCCGUUAGUUGAUGUUCAGCCAAUCACCCCGUCUCUUGGUAAUUGGUGGGAUGAACAUGAUGAAGCUAAAAAAGAUAGUGCGCUCGCUGAUAAGAAGUCUACACUGUUUUCGACUUCAACAAGGAAAUUCGCCUUUAAUGAUGGCAAUAUUGAUGGGCAUCCAAUAUCUGAUUGGAGAUCCAGUUCAAACUCUAAGCAGGAUGACACGCAGUCUUUAUCCAACCCUGUUCUGUCGAUAAAAAAUGAGUCAUCUCUCUCUCCAACUCCCGAUAAACUAAUUCAUCACCGUCAACAAACCUCACUAUCACGCUUUGUGCCUUCGACAUCAAUAGUCAGUGGGUCCACGUUCGCAGGAUUACAAGAUUCAUCUUCCUCCACUAGUAACCCAGUAAAGAGCUCUUUAUCUAACCCUAGCAUUGGUUCUAUGAACCUGCAGAAUAAACCCCUCUCAAACAAUACAAACUCGUCAGCAUUCUUGGAUUCUUUGUCGGCUUACAACCUAACCGCAGUUUCCACAACCUCAGAGACAAAGUCUAGACCGUCAACAGCUAAUACUGAGAUACCAGGAUCAGCGGCAUCGACUCUGCCAUGGAAAUAUUCGACUUAUGCUGAGAGAAUAAGCACCAGUUCUGCUUUCAGUGAAGGAAUGGCUUCAGCAAUAGGUUCACCGAAAUUGAAGAAAACAGGAGCAGAAACUAGAGAAGAGCUUCUGAAUAGCUUGUUAUCAAGGCAAGAAGCAGCUAGUUCUUCUGCGACGGGGGGCACCUUGGGAGUCGCAGCUCAACCAUCACGAACCGUAAGUCCACCAACAGAUCAACAGCAUGCGACUUCUUCAUUUUCGCUUCAGCUUGUCCAGCGCACUCUCGAAGAAACUUUGGGAUCCGUUCAGAAGUCCAUCCACGAAGACGUGAGGAAUCUCCACAUCGAGCUGCUAAGACAAUUCCACAUGCAGGAGAUGGAGAUGUCGAGUUUGCUUGCCGCAGUCCUGGAGAAGCAGGACGCGCUGAUGAAAGAAGUGCAAAUGCUGAGAAAGGAGAACCAGCAACUCCGCCAGUUACUAUGAUUCUUCAUCUUUCUUUCUUUCUUUUUUUUACGUUUUUUUGCUUUUUCAGAGGAAGCUUCUCCUGCUUGUAUCGAGUGUGUUUUGGCCUCUGCAGUUGUGAGAAAAAUCUCAGAGGCUGUAUUAACUUCUCAUUGCCCUCUUAUCUAUUGAAGAUAAAAAAAUUUGUUCAUUCA